UUUCAUCUUUGGAUCUGCACCAUAUGAGCGAGAGCACUAAGCACACAAUUAGCGUUGGGAUUUCUACAGCAGUAGUACAGCAGUGAAGGAGUGAGUAAGGGAGGAGAAAACAAGAUCCGAAGGGAGAACCAGACGAGCACGAAGAAGAGCUGGUCGAGCCUUCGGGUUGUGUAGAGCGGUGCAUGCGCCGGGGCUACUUUUUCUGAUCUCUGUGUUUCAUCGAGCAAGAUGGGGGUCGUCGGACCCGAAGAAUUUUCAAAUCAAAUGAAGAUCAUGCCGGUGGCUAUCGUAGCCACGAUGAUCCUGCUGACUGUGAUCAUAUGGGUGCACCGUCACUCGUCCAAAACAGUCGUGCAGCGAAAACAUAAAGGUCCAAAGAAAUGGAUUUUAAUCGGAUGUACAAUCGAGCAAGCUCGAAAUUUUGGUAGGAUGCACGAUUGGUUGCAUGAUUAUCACAAGAAAGGGUGCCUAACGUUCUCAGUGCCAAUGAUCACUAUGAACAAUACUUUCACAGUGGACCCUCGCAACGUCGAACACAUCCUCAAAACCAAUUUCAGCAACUAUCCCAAGGGAGACCUGAUUAGAGAGAGGUUUGGGGACAUGCUCGGACAUGGAAUUUUCAACGUCGAUGGCGACAUGUGGAGGCACCAGCGUAAAGUGGCUAUUCUAGAGUUCGCGUCGUCCAAGCUGCGUGAGUAUAGCAUCCAUGCGUUCCGCACUGAGGCUUUGAAGCUCGUGCAAGUGCUGGCCAUCGCCGCCAGGAACGGACAAAGAGUUGAUCUUCAGGAUCUGUUCAUGCGCUUGACGCUGGACUCCAUUUGUAGGGUGGGAUUUGGAGUGGACAUUAGCAGCCUUUGCCCCUCGCUGCCGGCCAUCCCGUUUGCAAUCGCAUUCGAUGAAGCUAACAGGUUGAUCGUCAGGAGAUACAUCGACCUGUUCUGGAAAUUGAAGCGCACUCUGAACAUCGGAAGUGAGGCUAAGCUGAAGAAAUGUAUCGACGUAGUUGAGUCUUUCAUCUACAAAGUUAUCGAAACCCGCCGAGCUGAAAUGAGCGUGGCAUCCACCCUCGAUCAGCAACAGCAUACCGGAGUGGAUAUUUUGUCCCGCUUUAUGUCCAUCACCGAUGAGAACCAGACCUACACCGAUGAGCGAUUGCGCGAUGUUGUAAUCAAUUUUUUAAUCGCUGGAAGAGACACCACAGCUGUUACGCUGUCGUGGUUCUUUUUCGAACUUUGCAGGAAUCCACAAGUAGUGGAGAAGAUACUCGAAGAAGUAUCUAGUGUGCUUGGGGUUGAUUCUCAGCACCUGAGGUCCCUGGAUGAAGCUCGUUUCGGCGAGAGAGUCAUCGAAUUCGCGCAGCUGCUGACGUACCAAAGUCUCACAAGGAUGCAGUAUCUGCACGCAGCCAUCACCGAAGCUCUGCGCCUCUACCCUGCAGUGCCUCUGGAGACCAAAGUGGCCGCAGCCAACGACACCUUCCCUGACGGAACCCCAAUCAGGAAGGGAGAGUUCGUUAGCUACUCUUCCUAUUCGAUGGGAAGGCUCGAAUAUCUGUGGGGCUCUGAUGUCGCGGAGUUCAAGCCAGAAAGGUGGCUGAGGAAUGGAGUCUACCAGCCCGAGUCUCCAUUUAAGCUGACUGCAUUUCAGGCUGGUCCCAGGAUGUGCUUGGGAAAGGACUCAUCAUAUUUGCAGAUGAAGUUAACCACCGUCAUUCUGCUUAUGUUCUUCAAGUUCCAGCUUGAGCGGAACGAGGUGCCCAACUACAGCCUCAUGGUUGUCCUCUUCAUAGCCAAUGGCCUGCCAGUGAAUGUUUCAGCGAAGUGAGCUAUUGUGACGUGUAGAACCACCAACAGCUCGACAUACAGCUGGAGGCGAGUUUUAACAUGUUGGCGCGUACAUAUGGGGAUAGUGGGAGAGCUGAGUUGUCAUUUGCCAGGAUAGCCCUCUCAUUAUCCAAAAGAGAUUUCUCCAGGCCCUUCAUAGAUGGGCGGAGAUUGAACGAUGUAGAAGUAGUUAGUUUUAGAACUCAUAGUAAUUGAGCCGAGACAGUCAGUAAGUGUAGAUGUAGAGCGCUGAAUUGGCAAGGCUCAUUAUAGACAGACAAUUGACCGAUUCACGACUAACUAUGUCGGACUCAAUGGGUCAAAAGGCGUUUGCAAAUCAGCAUCGUCAUGUGCAGUGGCUGGAUUUGAAAGCUGCUGCUUGUCUGGUACGCUACAGCAGCCGUCUUGAUGGAGCGAAAUGGAGCGCAAGUUUUGGAGAAGCGACAGAAAAAGUCAUCCACAGUCUUCAAAGAUCUGUGGUGAGGCUAAGAGUAAUCGUUUCUUUGUCACGCGAUCUCUUCUCUCAGCUAGCUUUAGCAUACUCAGAACUUAGGACUCGGGAGAAGGCUUCAGCCUUCACCCUGAUUUGCAAUAAAAACAAUACUUUUGGC